AUGCCUCUCUCUAUUUACUCAUCUUUGAACGUUGGUCCUUUGAAAGCGACAGGAGUGAUUAUUCAACUAGCUGACAGAUCUAAUGUAUAUCCUGAGGGAGUUUUAGAGGAUGUUUUGGUGCAAGUCAAUGAAUUGAUUUUUCCUGUAGAUUUUUAUGCGAUUGAUAUGCAAGAAGAUGAUUAUUCUAAGUCAACAUCAAUUUUGUUAGGAAGACCAUUUUUGAAAACAGCUAGGACAAAAAUUGAUGUAGAUGAUGGUACACUUACCAUGGAUUUUGAUGGUGAAAUUAUUAAAUUCAAUAUUUAUGAUGCCAUGAGAUGUCCUGGUGAUGUGUCCUAUAUUUUUGUCAUGGAUGUUAUUGAAAUUUUUGAUUUAAAUAAUGAUGACAAGUUGAAAGUUGCACUCGACAUGAAUUUCACUCCUGAAGGAUUGCAGGGAAUCAUGAAAGAGUUUGUAUUGGAACUUGAUUUGCAAGAUACAAUCCAAGAACUAGAAUCACUCAAACCCAUGAGGUAUGAUGUAUCUUAUAUUGAGUCACAUCUUUCUCACACCAAGCUUCUUCCUUCUCUUGUGCAGGCACCAAAAUUGAAAAUGAAGCCUUUGUCAAAUCAUCUGAAGCAUGUAUAUCUAGGAGAAGAGAAAACUAUUCCGGUGAUCAUUCCCAACAAACUCUCUCGCUUAGAAGAAGAAAAGUUGAUUCUAAUGCUUUGA